AUGCAUUAUCAACCAGAAAAUGAAAUGAAACGUCUGGUCAAUGAAGCAUUCCGCGCACGUUUCCCGCAAAUUCAUGUAACAUUUAGCAAAAUUAACAGCAUCAAGAGGGAGCUUCAUCAGAUUGCAGUUGCAUGCAAAUUGGACGAUUGCACAACGGCGCAUGCCUAUGUGUUCUAUGAAAAAGUGCUCCUUAAGGUUUGCUUAUAUACUUUCUAA